ACCAUCAGCACGUCUUCGUGAUGCGUACUGUAGGUGUUUACACAUCAGUCGUCUGCCGUCGCCGUCACCACAGAGGUGGCUUAUAAAAGAAAACUAGUAGCAUUUCUGUCUUCUGAGUUUCGAGUUCUGACCAUCAAUGUGCAACGCCAUGGCAUCAGCUAUGAUAAUAAUCUUGAUUUCGAUCGCCUCAAUCGCGGCUAUCACUGUGGAGGCAGUCAAUAUUGACUCCGCCGAUAAGGAUUGGAGUAACACCCACGUUGACAAAUUGUCAGCAACAAAAUCUUACCGGAAUUUACAGACAAUGAUCAAUCCUAAAUACAAUGGCCUCGACGUGUGGAGUAGGUUGGAGUUACGGCCUAGACUUAACUCGCUGAAAAUAUUAUCGAAGCCUACUAAAACCGAGCCCAUUGCCAUCCAGCGCGAUGCAGGUCGGAGAAAUCGGCGACAGAUCGACAGCAAAACAAUAGGCGAAGAUGGCGGAUCCAGCUCAGUCACGUCCCUCGCCAGCUCUAGUUCCCCGUCAAAUGUAAACGUUGAGGACGUAUUAUACGCCGUGAGUGUAGAAAAUUGGAUACUCCAACAUCUAGAUACCGAGGAGAUGAAUCGGAUUCGGGAACCUACUUUGGGUAACAGAAGUCGACGCUUGGCAUCCGGUGCAGGAAUAUCAUCAGACAAGAAUACUACAGCGUCAGCAGGCCCGACGGACUCUGUUGAUGCGCAUAACAUGAGUGCCAUUAAAUGCUUAUUAUCUCUUUCGCUCCCUGUAUCCCUUCCAACGCAGUGCAUACAAUAUUAUUUUAGAUCUUUAUUUAAAGCUAUUCACUGAAAUUAAUUUUACAAUUUUAUAUGUAAUGGGUCAAGCAGGGUAAUUAUUUUGGUCUACCAUAUAUAUUAUUGUUUUUUUUUAUUAUUAUUUUUGCUUAUACCUAACAAUUAUAAAUUACAUCUUAUUAUAUGAAUAUUUUGGAAAAGAAAAAUACAGACAUAUUUACUAUAAAAUUUAGAUGCAUAGCAAAUACAUUAUACACGUAUACCUACAUAGAAAAAUUAUAAUAUUAUUC